UUUCCAUUCACACCGCUCAUUUUCUCUCUCUUUCGAACAUACUUACAAAUCCUUCAACAACAAUGGAGACCACCAAGAAAACCACCAAAGGCGCCGGCGGCCGUGGCGGUCGUGGAAGCGGAGAGAGAAAGAAGUCUGUCACAAAAUCCCUCAAAGCUGGCCUCCAGUUCCCCGUCGGAAGAAUCUCCCGUUUCCUCAAAAAAGGUCGUUACGCUCAACGUCUCAGCUCCGCUUCACCAGUUUACCUCGCCGCCGUCCUAGAGUAUCUCGCCGCGGAGGUGUUGGAGCUAGCAGGGAAUGCAGCACGAGACAACAAGAAGAGCAGGAUCAUCCCAAGGCACUUGCUGCUAGCGAUUAGGAAUGAUGAUGAGCUCGGAAAGCUUCUUCAUGGUGUUACAAUUGCGAAUGGUGGUGUUCUUCCUAACAUCCAUUCCGUGUUGCUGCCUAAGAAGAAGGAAUCUCAAACUCCCCCUUCUCCUUCUGGAAAGGACAAAUCCAAGGCUGACAAGUCACCUAAGAAAACUCCUAAGAAGGCCUGAUUGUUGUUAAUCAUGAUUGAAUUAAUGAGAUGUAAAUUUUGGGAUAAUGACAUGGUGCUAAUUUUAGGGUUAGUUUAUGGGUCUCGUUUUGGGUAAUAUUAAUUGGAAGAAGGAAUGUAGUUACUUUUUGGGUAAUCAAUUACGGGUUUAGUUUCUGCUCUUUUUGUUGCAAAAAUGUCAUGAAAUUAUAUAUUGAAAUCGAAAUGGUCGUUCAUCUUUUGCA